AUGGCUGAGUCCAAUUUCACUGAGGUGACUCUAUUCAUCCUCUCUGGAUUCAAAAACCACCCUGAGCUACAAGUCAGUCUUUUUUUGAUAUUUCUAUUUAUCUAUCUAUUCACUGUCUUGGAGAACCUUGGACUAAUACUGUUAAUCAGAAUUGACUCUCAGCUUCACACACCUAUGUACUUUUUCCUUAGCAAUCUGGCGUCCAUUGACAUAUUUUAUUCCUCCACCGUGACACCCAAGACUCUGGUCAAUUUCCAGUCUAACCAGAAAGCCAUUUCCUUUGUUGGUUGCUUUGUCCAAAUGUAUUUUUUUGUUGGUCUGGUGUGUAGUGAGUGUUUUCUUCUGGGAUCCAUGGCUUAUGACCGCUAUGUAGCAAUCUGCAAUCCCUUACUGUAUUCGGUGGUUAUGUCCCAGAAAAUGUGCAACUGGCUGGGAACCAUGCCUUACGUGAUUGGCUUCACAAAUUCUUUGAUAUCCAUUUGUGUGAUAAGCAGUUUGGCAUUCUGUGAUUACAACAUCAAUCAUUUUUUCUGUGACACCACAGCCCUGUUGGCCCUGUCCUGUGUAGAUGCAUUCAACACAGAAAUGGUGAUCUUUGUUUUAGCUGGGUUCACCCUUCUUAGUUCUCUUCUGAUCAUUACAGUCACAUACAUUGCCAUCAUCUCAGCCACCCUGAGAAUCCAGUCUACAGCGGGCAGGCACAGAGCCUUCUCCACCUGCACAUCCCAUCUCAUGGGUGUAACCAUCUUCUACGGACCCCUGAUUUUCACAUAUUUGCAGCCUGAUAACACAUCCUGCCUGACACAGGCACAAGUGGCAUCUGUAUUCUAUACCAUUGUCAUUCCUAUGCUGAAUCCACUGAUCUAUAGUCUGAGGAACAAAGACGUGAAGAAUGCUCUCUCGAGAGUCAUACAUAAAAAACUAUUUCCAUAACAAUUCUAUGCAUGUUACAAAAACAAACCUGGGUGGAUACAGGCAUUAAAUGACGCCAACAUUUAGGAAGAUAUUAUG